CGAGUAAAGGUUUCUCCAAAAAAGAAAAUUAUCAGCCAGUAAAGGGUAUGGAGGUGUUGAGGUCAUCGGAAUUCCUCGAAAGCCUGGACCUGUCCGUCGUCCCCAAUCCUGUUGAGCGUCCUCCUCGCGCUUCUACAAUCAUCCCCCGUGAAUGUGGUCCUGAUCUUUCGGAAUUUAUUUUUCCUCCUCAGGAACCAUGUCUCAUAGAUUAUGUGUCACUUUUUUGCGAUGGUUCACCCAUUAAUGGCGCAAUUCCUGGUACAUGUAUAAUUUGUUCCUUGGUUGAUGAACAUGGUGAAUUCGAAUGCCCGUACCAGAGUUUUAUCCCAAAGAAUGCAACUGUUAGCAGCUGUGACAUAGUCUGUAAGGUUUGUGAUCAGUUGUUUUCAGGGCGAUGCAGUAAUCAAGAUGGUGGACGUGCUAAAAUCAGGUUAUGUCAUAAUUGCAUGAUGUUUGGUGACCACUGGGCAUCUCAGUGCCCCAAGGAGGACAGGGCUGUUGGAAUUGUCGACGGUCUGUAUUUCUCUGACGAAAUCAGCAGUUAA